AUGCAGGGAGACAAGGUUCCCCAGGAACGGCAGACUCAAGCCUCGGGGGCCAGCAUCGGGAUCGAGCACGACAAGCUGAUCAUCCGAGCCUCAACCAGUUCAUCCAAGUGCGGCUUGCGGCACAGUAGCUCCAAUUACGUCGGAAUCUACCAGUUCAUGCACCUUGUUUCUUCUCCAGGCGCGACUCUACUUCUCCGUGUCGGCUGGGGUAUCUCUGUCUCUGGCUACCAGCCCGUACUUUGCCAGAACAUUCAACUGCUCAGUCUGAACAUGGACGCAGGCGACAGCUUCGAUUUCGGCUUCAACGGUCAAUCUCUACCAUACUCUUCUUCCUGCCCGUCCUCGUCUGGCAGUUUCUCGUCAGCCUCUUCGCUCUACGAUGCCCUGACACCACCCCCAAGAAACUCGACUCCGCAGCACUCCAUGGACUUCGAUAUCUCCUUCGGCAAUGACACCAUGAUGUUCGACGAGUUCACACCCUCCCCAACAUCGACAUCUGGCUGCUUCCCUUUAGACAUGAAAUCAACCGUGGCUCCCAACAUGCUGUGCCAUGGUAUGCCGAUGACACCGUCCCGGAGUGGCAGCUCGGCGGCGGCAUUCCAGAACAACGUGGACUUCACUCCAACACAGAGCAUGGAUGCCUACAAUUUCAUGGAUUCUCUCAUGAUGCCAACUCCCUCCCCGCUUUUCAGUAACCAUAUACAAAACUGCGACAUGACAGCAAUCUGGCAGCACCAUGCGGAUGGGAGUCCCAUCACUUUUGAGCGGACAUCGUCACCGGCCAUGGCCAUGACAACCCCAACUCCCGGUCCCCUGGGCAGUUCCCACGGCAACAUCAGGCGGAGGAUCGUCAUGGACGGGCCUCAGCAAAAGUCGGCAUUGUUGCAGCAGAGUCUUCCGAAGACAAACUCCAGCAAGAGCCGCGCAUCCAAGGCGAAGUCAGCGGUGGGGAAGCUUCCUCCACUUCAAGAAGGCUUCAAGGUCUCCAAGGCCCCUGCGAACAGACACAGAUGCGAAUACCCCGAGUGUAACGGGAAAAGCUACUCAAGGCAGGAGCACUUGAAGAGGCACUACAAUGAAGCACACUCAGACAAUCCGGAGACAUGGCGCUGUGAAUUUUGCGAGACUCCCAAAACAUUCGGCAGGUGCGACAAUUUCCGUGAUCACCUCAAACGGCACAUCGAAAAGUCUGCUGGCAGCAGGACACGGCACGAGAUCGGCGCUGCUAUCCUGCUUGCCGAGAUGCAAAGCAAGAUGAAGAACAAGAAGAAAUCCACCACGAGAUCAACGUCGCCAAGCACAGAUGAUGGUAUCAAGCCAGACAGCAGCCCUUUAUCAAAGUCUGCGCGAAGUCUGGUCAAAGCCGAACCCUCUUAG